UUUCGUCUGUGUGACAAAGUGCCCCCACAUAUCGAUGAAACACUCACGAGUAAAGACACUGACGUCAGAGAAGGAGACGAUGUUAGCCUACAAUGUAGGGCUUCGGGAUCUCCCGAACCAGAAACUACCUGGCGACGAGAGGAUGGACAACACAUUGCAUUAGGUAGUGAAAAAGUACCUUCCGUGAGCGGUAAUUACCUGAAUAUAAGUAAGGUCAGCAGACUACAUAUGGGAGCUUAUCUCUGUAUCGCUACCAAUGGAAUCCCUCCAGCCGUCAGUAAAAGGAUAUUCCUUGGAAUAAAUUUCUCUCCGAUGAUCUGGAUCCCCAAUCAGCUGAUAGGAGCUCCAUUAGGCACGGAUGUCGCCUUGGACUGUAAUCUUGAAGCUCAUCCUACCUCGGUUACAUACUGGAUGCGAGAAUCCGGUGUUAUCAUAAUAUCGAACCAGAAAUACGUGUCAGUUGACAUUAGUCAAGAGAACUACAAGGGGCAACUCCGUCUAACCAUCCGUGACCUCGAGCCUGAAGACUAUGGUACCUACACCUGUGUGGCUAAAAAUUCACUCGGGGAAACCGAAGGAACAAUUUGUUUAUACGAAAUUCCUGGUCCAGGUAACGCAAGAGGAGUGUUUCCCGCCAUAUCUGAAAAAUUAAGAAACGACUUCUCGGACAAUUCCAUUACAGAUAAAAGUGGUACCUAAAUCAUUUUUUUUUAG